AUGGAUAAGAACGAACCGAAUGUUUUUCUCUUCUAUCCUAACCUCAUUGGCUAUGGGCGAAUUAUCUUGGCCAUUUUUGCCUGUUAUCUGAUGGGUGAUAGCCCAAUUCUUGCGAUGCUUUGCUAUGGACUAAGUGCGUUCUUGGAUUCACUAGAUGGAUGGGCUGCACGAAAAUACGACCAGUGCAGCAGAAUCGGUGCUAUGCUGGAUCAGCUUACAGAUCGAUGUGGUACUAUGGCACUUUGUAUGGCACUGUGCAGAUUUUAUCCGGAUCACAUGUUCUGGAUUCAGAUGAGUGCAAUGAUUGAUAUUUCUGCACAUUGGCUUCACCUUCAUGGGACCGAUUUGACUCGUGCUGAUACUCAUAAGAAGAGCAAUAAUCCGAUACUGCACCUCUAUUACACAAAUCGACAGUUCCUUGGAUUCAUGUGCGGCGGAAACGAGGCGUUUUAUUUGAUUCUGUAUCUUCGAGCUUUCUAUCCAGGACCUGUCAUCUUUGGAGUUUACUUCCUCUCAUAUCUCGCCGCGAUCGCUUUUCCAAUCGCAUUGGUAAAAUCGGCUAUAAGCUUAGUGCAUUUGGUAACAGCAGCUCGAACUGUUGCCAGAUAUGACAGCGAUGCUAUUAGGGCUAAGCGGCAAAGCAGUGGUAAGGCUCUGUAG